AUGGCGGCUUCAUUGCAGUUGUACGGAGUUAAAGCUCCAGGGCUUGCUUUAAGCUCAAGAAGGCUUGAGUUUAGCACAAAGGGAAUUAAUUUUUCGGUUAACCAGGCCACAAGUAGUGCAGUCUUUAGAACCGUAGAGCAUUCUUGUAGGAACAUAGCUCUGAGAGUUAGUUGUGAAGCUGGAAGAGUCGAUUUGCUUGAAAGAAGAGAGCUUGAGACUUGCAAUUCAAGCGGAACUGGCAAAGAGCUGACAUGUGUGAUGAAAUUCGGCGGCUCAUCAGUGGCAUCAGCGGAGAGGAUGAAAGAAAUUGCCAAUCUUAUUCUCAGCUUUCCUGAUGAGAGGCCCGUUAUUGUGCUAUCAGCAAUGGGGAAGACGACUAAUAAGCUUCUGAAGGCUGGAGAGAAGGCUGUUACUUGCGGUGUCACUAACGUAGAAAGUAUUGAAGAAUUGAGCUUUAUAAAGGAACUUCAUUUAAGAACUGCUCAUGAGCUUGGAGUGGAAGCAGCGGUUAUUACAAAACACCUAGAAGGACUACACCAGCUGCUGAAAGGCAUAUCAAUGAUGAAGGAAUUAACCUUGCGUACAAGAGACUACUUGGUUUCAUUUGGAGAGUGCAUGUCCACAAGGCUUUUCUCUGCCUAUCUCAACAAAAUUGGCCACAAAUCGCGUCAAUAUGAUGCAUUUGAGAUUGGGUUUAUAACCACAGACGACUUUACAAAUGCUGAUAUACUUGAAGCAACAUACCCUGCCGUCUCCAAAACUCUUAUUGGCGAUUGGAGCAAGGAAAACGCAGUCCCUGUUGUUACUGGCUUCCUCGGAAAGGGAUGGAGGUCGUGUGCUAUAACUACGUUGGGUAGGGGUGGUAGCGAUUUGACAGCCACAACGAUUGGAAAAGCGCUAGGACUGCGGGAGAUUCAGGUUUGGAAAGAUGUGGACGGUGUUUUGACUUGUGAUCCUAACAUAUACCCUGGAGCUCAACCUGUUCCAUUCUUAACAUUCGAUGAGGCAGCUGAGCUUGCUUACUUUGGUGCCCAGGUGUUACAUCCACUGUCCAUGAGGCCAGCAAGAGAUGGAGACAUUCCUGUCAGGGUUAAGAACUCGUACAACCCCAAUGCUCCAGGAACUGUCAUCACCAGAUCGAGAGACAUGAGUAAGGCUGUACUGACUAGCAUUGUUCUGAAACGUAAUGUGACAAUGUUGGACAUCGCAAGCACACGUAUGCUCGGCCAAUAUGGUUUCCUUGCCAAGGUGUUUACCACAUUUGAAGAUUUAGGCAUAUCGGUAGAUGUUGUGGCAACAAGUGAAGUUAGUAUAUCUUUGACACUGGAUCCAGCAAAGCUCUGGGGUAGAGAGUUUGUUCAGCGCGUAAACGAGCUGGAUCAUGUGGUAGAGGAGCUAGAGAAGAUUGCUGUUGUGAAACUGCUUCAGCGCAGAUCAAUCAUCUCUCUCAUCGGAAAUGUUCAGAAAUCAUCACUCAUAUUAGAAAAGGUGUUCAAAGUACUUAGAAGCAAUGGAGUGAAUGUGCAGAUGAUCUCACAGGGUGCAUCUAAGGUAAACAUCUCAUUGAUAGUGAAUGAUGAAGAGGCAGAGCAAUGUGUGAGGGCUCUCCAUUCGGCCUUCUUUGAGACCGCUUCUUAA